AUGCCCGACUUAUUUCUUCCACCCCCUUACCCGCCCACUCAACCCCUCUGCUGCUGGCGGCUGGCGCUGGUGCUGGUUCCUGGUGCUGGCGGCUGGUGCUGGUGCUGGUUCCUGGUGCUGGCGCUGGUGCUGGUGCUGGUUCCUGGUACUGGCGGCUGGCGCUGGUGCUGGUUCCUGGUGCUGGCGGCUGGCGCUGGUGCUGGUUCCUGGUGCUGGCGGCUAGCGCUGGUGCUGGUUCCUGGUGCUGGCGGCUGGUGCUGGUGCUGGUUCCUGGUGCUGGCGCUGGUGCUGGUGCUGGUUCCUGGUGCUGGCGGCUGGCGCUGGUGCUGGUUCCUGGUGCUGGUGGCUGGCGCUGGUGCUGGUUCCUGGUGCUGGCGGCUGGCGCUGGUGCUGGUUCCUGGUGCUGGCGGCUGGCGCUGGUGCUGGUUCCUAGUGCUGGCGGCUGGUGCUGGUGCCUGGGCAGGGACAGGUGGGGAAGAGGUGGCGGGGUGGGGAGCUGACGACGGGCUUGCUCGCGGGCUCGCGGGUCCGCUGGUUCGUUUACUGGCGGGCUUGCGGGUCGUGGACGAUCUGUAG